GACAUUUUUUAUUAAACUACCUUCUCCAUGAGAAAACCCAACGCAAUCAGCCCUUCAACUCUCCCGAACCAUUUGCAUAACAUCACCAGUACCCUCUCGCCUCUCACAGAGUUGGGAAAGUGAUCGAUAACUUCUCCAUCUCCAUCUCCAUCUCCUCUCUCAGUAUAUAUACACACACACAAACCCUCCAAAAGUCAUUAAACCCUCCAAGAAACCAAAAACCACAGUACCUCUCAUAAAUCAUCACUACGAAAACUUCAAACAAGAAAUCAAAAAAUGCCUGCUAAUCCUCCAAAAUCAUCUCUUUUAAUCCAUAGAAUCAACAACACCACCACAACUAACACCAUCCUAAACACCACUAAUACCACCACCUCAACUUCAUGCCAAAAACGGUGGUCCCCUCUAACAUGCGCCACCACCCCAGUUCCAGAAACCGUUUCACGCUACCAUGCCCACGCUGUAGGCCCCAACCAGUGCUGCUCUGCCGUGGUACAACAAAUCGCUGCCCCGGUCUCCACUGUAUGGUCUGUCGUUCGCCACUUCGACAACCCACAAGCUUAUAAACAUUUUGUCAAGAGCUGCCACGUCAUCCUCGGAGACGGUGACGUGGGUACUCUCCGUGAGGUCCAUGUCAUCUCGGGUCUCCCAGCUGCUAAUAGCACCGAACGCCUCGAGAUCCUCGACCAUGAACGACAUGUCAUUAGUUUUAGCGUUGUGGGUGGGGACCAUAGACUUGCGAACUACAGGUCGGUUACAACUCUCCAUGCGUCACCCACUGGCAACGGCACCGUCGUCGUGGAGUCUUACGUGGUAGAUAUUCCGCCGGGAAAUACUAAGGAGGACACGUGUGUGUUUGUAGAUACCAUAGUUCGGUGCAACCUCCAGUCACUGGCACGGAUCGCGGAGAACAAGAACAGACGCAAUAAUAAAUCAUCAUCGUGAGUGAUGAUAAAAUAUUUACUGUUACUCUUGUUGCUAUAAAUACAUUUAGGGUUUUUCUUUUUCUUUUUCUUUUUCUUUUUUACAAAUGGAAAUGUAUGAUUUGGUGAAAACACCUUCUUUUUUGUUUUGUGAGAAUCCGAUGUGGGUUUGCCAAUGAUAAUUUCAACACCCCUAGUUUGUUGAUUUG